AUGGAACAAGGUUACAAGUUCUUCAUGUUGGGUUUCUGCAAAUCAACAAAGCUUAUCAAUUAUCAUGAAUGCAAUAUUUACAUUCCCAUGUUCGGAUUUGUAGGUGGAGAUCAACAACACGAGAAGGAGGAGGAGGUAGUGGUGGUGGUGCAACUCCAUGCAGAGAGAGGGGCUUUCUCACUGCUAGACCCCGUGACGGGAGGACUCUCCGGUGGCCUCUAUGACAAGCCGCUGCUGUGCUUUGGUUGCGGGAUCGGAUGGUUUUCAUUCCUCAUGGGGUUUGUGUUUCCUCCACUGUGGUACUAUGCCACAGUUCUCUAUUUUGGGAAUUAUUAUCAUAAAGAUCCAAGGGAGCGACCAGGCCUUGCAGCAUCUGCAAUUGCAGCCUUGAUUUGUUCAGUUGCUGUCAUAAUUUCCCUGCUGGCUAUGUUCUUGUCUUAG